AUGAAUUAUACACCUGUCACUGAUCCUGAGAGAAUAAACUGUCCACGGAAGGAACUAGAACUGCCUCAUUGGGAUCCGCAACAGUCAGAGGUAGCCACCAGGAACGAUUUUGGAGAAAGUGACCACCAGAGACCACCACUGGUUGACCACAGAGCGGACAUUGCAGUGUCCAGCAUCGAUCAAGAACAAGAUCGCCAACAACGGCGUAUAUUUCACAAGACUUGCGCAAUUCUAAGUCGCCACGCAAGUGUACGUUGUGUACCUAGGAAAGCUAGCUCGGGGUCCAGUUUUUACGAGGUGGAUACAUCUUCGCGACUCGUAUCGCAUCUUCGUGGAGUAUUUGACUCUCGAGGUCGUGGGUUCAGUGGCCGGUUGCAGGAUUCUCUUGGCCAGAAUUAUCAAAACAGAGAUGUUGUCUCGACACGAAAAGGACGUAACAAAAAAGAGAAGACGAUGUACACUUGCAGUGGUUGCAAAUACGAAAGCCCUCGACAAUACAACGUGCAAAGGCACAACGAAAGGAUUCAUUUGAGGCAAAAAUUAAACAUUUGUUGCGGCGAGACUUUCUUCACGAAAGGAGACUAUUACGUCCACUGCGAGCUGUGCCAUCCAGAGUCGCGAACUCACGCGAUCACAUCGAGGACCAAGUACAAAAUCGUGAACAACGACGCGUUGCCGGCCGAUCAACACUGUUCCAAGUGGCCGAGGCAAAUAAUGGGGAAAUCGUACAACAUGAGAUUGAGAUCGUCGAACAGUAUCCGUAAGAACGAUCACGUAGAGGAGUUGAGAACGAAAGUAAGCUACGAGUAUUCGGUGAGUUGCAGAGAGUUCGAUAUAGAGAACAUACCUUUGAUAAGUUUCAUCACCGAUCCACGAUUGAAGUCCCGAUGGUUGGGGCGUUUGUCCACCGCCUCGAGCGCGAUCGACAGAGCGAUGCCCGAGAAGGGCGAGGCGAGUGAAACGGUGAAGAUCGAGAUCUCGUCCGAGCAAAACAUCGAAAAGACCGUGUCCACGAACGAGGAAGAGAACGUGAAACGGACGAAAGUUUCCGACUCCACUGUUUCGUCCUUCUCGCUCGAGUUGCCCGCGAAGAAGCUUAUAUUGCACCGGUUCAGAUCGAGCGUGCGCGAAUUCGAGAUACCUUUGCGAGAACAGAACAAUAAUAAUAAUAACGGUCAAAGGGAAUUGGCGGAGAGAACGGUUAAAAGUGUCAUCCCCUCCGCGCGGCAGAGAAGGGAUAGGAGGUGCAAACGCGAGGGUAGCAAUAAGGAGAAUCUGUCGAAUUUUUCCUUCAGUAUGGAGCAACAGUUAAAUAUUAAGUUGGACACGGGGAUCACGGUGCCGAUGGCCACUCAAGCGCACAGAGAUUUCCUGGCAGCCAUCGAUUUUGACAAAUUUAAGAUAUUUUGAGAAUUUUUUGAGAGGGGGGGAUUGGAGAAUGUAAAGACCAAAGAUGUUUUCAAAAAACAUAUUUAUUUUUAUACCAAAGAGAAUGAAGUAAGAUUAGU